GGAUGUAAAUAGAAGGACGUUCCGCCUGUGGAGCAGCAGUCAGAAACAUGACCAAACUGGAGCUGCUCAACGUGUUUCUGAACGACAGGCUGACCGCGGCCGCUGAGGAGAUUUUCCGCGCCGUUAAGAACACGGUGGCGGAGUACCAGGGCGAGCUGCUGCGCUCCAGGGAGGAGAACGAGCGGCUGAAGCGGCUCCUGAAUGUGGCCGUGCAGAGGCUCCUCCUGCAGCCCGAACCUCACUCGGCGCAGCCCCCAGACGAUGAGCAGCCCUGUGAGUCUGAGUGGAUUAGCAGUGUGGAGCCUCUGUCACAAAUCAAAGAAGAACCAAACCUGGGAAACUUUCAGACGGAUUGUUGUUCACAAGAAGCAAGCGACUCUGAGGGAGGGAACUGUAGUCAGGAGGAGCCUCUCCAGAGGACACAUCCUCCAGCAACCCAAAGUGUGUGUAGCAGACAAAGUGUCUCCCCACCUCCACUAACAUCCCAGGAAAUUAAGGCAGAGAAGGAGAAAGAGGACAGCAGGACACAGCAGCCAGCCAACAGCUUCACCCCCCCUAGGACUGUCCACUGCAGGGUGGCUCAGAGCCUUUCUGCAGCAAAGAGUCACCGGACUGAGAGAGCAGAGCAGCAGGUGAGAGGGUUACUCCGCUCCAAUGGAAAACAGAGCUUGCACAUAAUGCAGAUCAAGAAUGUCAGAUCCCUGAAGCCGCCCCCGCCCCGCUCCUCUCUCUCCAGCCAGAGCCUCCAGAGGUGGCACAGCUGUAAAGAGUGCGGGAAGGGCUUCAGCUUCGCCUGCCAGCUGGAGGUCCACAUGCGCUGGCACACCAAGGAGAAGCCGUACAGCUGCGCAGUGUGCCGCAAGAGCUUCACCACGGUCAGCAUGCUGAAGAGGCACCACCGCAUCCACACCGGGGAGAAGCCCUUCCGCUGCCAUGUCUGCGGGAAGUGCUUCAACCAGUCGGCGCACCUCAACACACACUUCAGGCUGCACACUAGGGAGAGGGCCGGCUGGAGCCGGGCCCCUCACUCAAAGUAAACAAAGACUCAAUACAGAGAAAGGACCAGACUUCUGUAAACUUUAAGAUAUUCCAACAGUGUAAAAUUGUUUUAGCCAUGAGCGUCACUUUGUUAGAAAAAGUGGUGGGGACACUUUUUUAAGAUGAAAAAAUAAACACUACUGCAUUAAACCCCCCGCAGACAAUACAUACAUAUAUUAGGGCUGUCAAGUUGCGUUAACGCGUUAACGCAAAAAAAAAUUAACGCCACUAAU